GAUAUUGUAUCCUAUACCGUCGUCUUUACCUCUAAUCAGCGGUUGAAUUUUAAAGAGCAGACAAAGUAGGAAAUGAACAAAAAUACUCAUUCAAUGGUGGAUGAAACGGGACCUUCCUCUUCUUCGUCGUCCUCCAUCGAUAAGAAACGAAAACGAAUUGCAGAUUCCGAUUUUGAAUCGCAUCUAGGCAAUGUCAACUCACUUAGCGACGACGAUGAACUUCUUUCUCUUGAGAAGAGUCUUACUUUUAGUGAUACGCUAGUUGCUCUUCGGAUGAUGCGUGCCCAAUUUCCCAAGCUUGAGAAGGUUUAUGUUAAACCCUUCGUGUUACGCUCUCAACUAUAUAGUAGCAUAAAAGAUAGAACUCAGGUUGAUCGGGAAUUAGAGUUGUUGAAGAGGGAUAAAGUUCUGCGGGUUUUCAAGCUAAAUACAGGGCAGGAUGAUCAUGCAGUAAUGUUUCUAGAAGACUACAUUCACCAGAUUGAUAUUGUUUCAAAGAAGAUAGCCACAAAAAAUGAUGGUGAUUUUGCUGUGUUUGGCUGGUUCAAGUCUCAUGUCAUGAUGUCCAAGCUGGAGCCAAGCAUUGCACAUCAAGAGCUUUGUUCCCUUUUAGCAGCCGGAGGAAAAGUGAAAGACGAACAUAUCUCGCUUUUGGUUAAUGCAGGCAUUAUCACCCGACAAUUUAUUGAUCCAAACAUGUAUUGGUUUGCUAUUCCAAACGUUGGUCCAAUUCUAAAAGGGAUUUCUAAGGGAAGAAAAGAGUUGCUGUCUCUUCUGAAUCGUAGAAAAUACAAGGAGAUGAUGUUGGCUUUACUAGAGAAAAAGCGUCUUCAAUUUUCUCCCCUUGAUAUGAGAUUUCAUCUUCGUGAUUUAAUUGGCUCAGGUCACCUGCGUACUUUUCAGACUCCUACUGGCAUAGUUGUUCGAGUUUUGAAGGACUAGAAUUUAGAGAGAUUUUUGGAUUUGUAUUCCCUGUUAGACAACUUUAUAAGGCUGACAAAGAAUCUGCACAAGUAAAGAGGCAAGACUAAGGCAGUUCAUUGGAGUGUAAUGAGAAUUACAAAUGUGGAUGCAUCUUUCUACACUGGUGGUUUACUGCUUGACUCCUCGCAAUUCAGACAAGUUUUCAGAACUUCCUUUUGGAAACAGAGGUCAGAAUUCAAGCAUCUAUGUUUAUUCUAAGUUGAAUAUUGGUAAUUUAACAAAAAAAGAAAAGAAAAAGAAGUAGACAUCAAACGGUUCUAUUGGUAGAUGAAAUUUUUGUACUUAUUGACAUACAGUUUCUGUAGCUUGUCCUUGUUCUUUAAUUUAUUUACGCUAAAAAAUCUCCUCUUCUAUUGUGAAUAAUGGUGCAAUUUAGCUUCUUUUUUUUUUUUCCUGUAAUUUCCUUUCUCUUUUGAUUAACAUGCUUUUACUGAUUUUACUCUGGCAAUAGGUUGAGUUUAUUGACUGGUCAUUAUUGAGCUCUUGUCUGGCCAUGAGUUAUUCAGAAUAUAUUAUGCAAGGAGUAUUCAAUUUGUGUAUUUAACUGCAUUUUAUGUGGUCUCUUGCACUCUAUGGAUUAUUAUGGGAUUCUCCGUUGCAUUUUCAAUAUAACUCACUAGCUAAUUUGAUUUUUGAAUUUGCAAUGUGUCAAAAAUGGACCGAAAAUGGCUCAAAAUCGACCAUAAUUUGCCUUUUCAAUUCCUGAGGAGAAUAGUAAAUCACGUGACAUGUCUGUUGAAACUCAUGUGGAUUAACGUUUUAGAGGAAGUCAUGUGGAUGAUUCAUGACAGCAUUGGCGGGGAAUAUAUUUAGCAUGCAACCAUCGUUAAUAUCUGCUAUUUUAUUUUGACGUAGUGGAGGUUAACUAGCUGCUGUGAAUUUCUUUGUCCCAAAAGUUUCACGUCGAGAUGUAGUUCAGAUGUGGUUUUUGAUUGUCCUACCAAAAUUUUGGUAUAGCAUCAUUCAGUAACAGAUACUAAGAUGUGCUUGAUUUUCUGAUUGAACAUAAAUGAUAGCAGCAGGUAGCAGCAUGAUACAUGAAUGAAUUCCUGUAUCGAUAACGACUUCAAGGCUUCUCUGUUCUGUCAGACUUGCAGCCAUAAUUGUAAGUUUCUUGUUUCUAUUCUAAAUUUGAUGUGGUAUUUCUGUGAUUAUAGGUGGAAAUUUCUCCACGCUUAGCUUAUUGGAAUCUUGGUGAGUGACUUCUUUUUCCUCUGAUUAGUUCAAUUUUUGUUAUAUAUGAGUGUUGUUGAAAUUGACAGCAUAGUUCACAUCCAAUAAUGAAUCAUUGCAAGUGAUGAUCCGUUUUCUAUCGGUUCUUGAUCUGAAAAGGUAUCUUAGACAUGGAAAUUGAUGGAUUGUUACGGCAUAAUUAUUUGCACAGGUGUAAUGUGUGAUCAUUGAAUUAGGAUUGUAUUUUGCUUGAUCUCGAAUACUUGUUACAACAAUGUUGUCUGCCCGUUUGGUAGGUUCGAUGACUGACGGAGUGACGGUAAUGUUUUCGUUCAUUAUCAUUGCUCUUUUGGAAAUUUUCUCUAACGCUUUGGGGAUUUGAACUGAUGGGUGGUGUUGGUGUUGAUAUCCAAGCUUGAGAAAUGAUCUAAGAAUCUAAGCAUGCAACCCAGUUCAACAGAGCCCCCUGUAGAAUUCUUUUUCUAAACCUUCACAAAUUUUUGUGAGAGACAGUCUCAUGAGAAACACAUUAGAUUUUUUUUCUUCCUUAUUAAGUAGAAUCAACGGCAAAACAUAUAACUUUCUAGGGUUUUUUUUUUUUGCCUUAAUGUGAAUAUUCUAAACAACAUAGAUAUCAAAAGUAGAAUCAAUGGGUAUGAGUCAUGCAUGAAUCAUUAUUGGAAGCUUGUAGGAUGUUAUUACUUUAUGUGGUUAAUGUAUUUCCUUCUUAAAUACUCUCACAUUAUGUGUUAAAA